ACAUAUAUAACGGCGUCCCGGCGACCAGAAUGGGACAGAGAUAGUACACAGGGUGGAAAGAGGAAGAGAGAGUAAGAGGCAAACGAGAGAAACGGAGCAUGGUCGAUGUGUCUAGCCUAGCCUGGUUGGCUGGUUGGCUGGCUGGUUGGCUGGCUGGUUCGGGUGGCUGGAUGAACCAGGGACCGUCUAGGUUGCGUCUGCCCCGCACAAACUCGGUAUUAUCUAUACGUCUAGACACCCCUGCGCCACCGAGAGAAGACCAUAGCGGUUUGGCGCUCCGCUUGUAAUUUACAGCGCGCCCCGCCGUGUCUCUACGUCUACGAUCCCGCAAAUUUCUCUCCCCGGUCGUGUCUCUUUCUCUUCGUCUUCCAAGUUUCUCUCUCUCUCUCUCUCUUUCUCUUUCUCUUUCUCUUUCUCUUUAUAUUCUAUUCAUCUCCAUCUUUCUCUCUUUCACCUUUCUUCUUCUUUUUCCCACGUUUUACUCUUGCUUGACCUUUGCUCUUGACUCUUCUAUCAUGCAGCCACAUACACGUUCAAACGUUGUUAGCAAAUCAACCAUUAUUCGCCAUUCGAUCUGUACCUUGAUGUACAAAGUAAUCUACAUUCGCAAGGAUGUCCGAUUAAAAUUAAUGGUUAAAAUGGAAGAACGACGCCAGGUCGCACGUGUUACGAGGACUUCGGUCGACGGGCACGCGAAUCACCACGGGAAUUCCUGGACGCUUCUCUCCGGGCUGUCGAUGGAGCUCGCGUGCGCGACGCCGCCACUUCAGAUAUCACCGGCGUACGAGCGAUCGAGGGGAUCACGGCCACGUGAAAAGGGAAGCAGCCGUCAAUUGGUAUACACGGUGUACACAACGGGGCCGCGCGUGAAGAGAGUGCGAAUAUUGGUAUCGCGAUAACGAACGGGGAGCCCUCGCGUGUCCGAAAGUACGAGCCACCCCAGCCAGUGCAGCACGUUAUCCCCGGAACACGCGUGUGUUAUAUCGGCGAUCUCUCAGUGAUUAAUGCCAGCUGUUAGUACCAGGAGGCUCCAGUCAAUUGAAUCUCAUCGUUCGGCCGCCGUAUAAGCCUCGCUUCGUUGCCUUUAUCCGCUUCUCUCUCUCUCUCUCCCUCUUUCGGGAUAGUGCACGAGCCAACUAUCCCGUUCUCGAAGAAAAGAAACUUAUACACGCUUGUUUCAACGUCGACGCGUAAAUAAUAAAUCCUGUGGAAUCGCCUUACCGUGUCGGGAUGAAGGAAAAGAAGAGAGGAGAGGCUGUCCAUUUCCCCGAGGCUCCAGGUAACGGAAAGAAUAAACUUUUCUUGGCGGACCGGUGGAUACUAAAGUCCUGGCAGGUGCGUGGCACGUUAAACUUUCGAGUUUCGAGAACGCAAUUUUCCCAAGGGAAUCAGUCCUCGCUAAUGCAAGAGUGGUUAUAGAAGGAGAAAGAGAUGAAGACGGAGAGAGGAAACAGGUAUAAAGGGAGACAAUAUAAAGGGAGAGAGAGAGAGAGAAAGGGAGGGAGGAGGGAGAGAGAAACUGUAUGCGGGCGGCAACAGCGACGAGGAGUUUGAGGGUUGAACGAGCUGACGCUUUAAGCGAUGUAAGUUACAGAAACUACGCUUCCGACCAGUCUCGGGCGCAGAUUAGUCGUAAUCUCGGCGCAUUGCACUCUGCAGCCGUUUCCAACCCCCAUCCCACCCCGCCGCUACUGCUGCUGCUGCUGCUCGAGACCUCACAACUACAAAGCUUUCCAAACCGUUACCUUCUCGCUGAACCAAGACGAACGUAUUAGACGCACCUAAAUUCACGUACACCGGAGGCGUUCGUCGUGUGUUGCCUCGACAUUGCGACACGCGGAACUCUCUGUAUUUGCCACUGUAUCGCCGCUUUGAUUAUUUCCUGAAGGCUUAAGCCACUACGUCUACGCCUUCCUCCGUGCGGCUACACGGUUACAACUCGCGCGGCGAAGAUUAAACGCUUCUUGGUUUAUGGCCUCGUAGCCGGCCCCUCUUACGCGACUUGGUUUACCUUGGCUCAACGAGAUUUUCCGCGCUUCCUACCUUUUAUACGGCUGUUGCUGAAAAUCGAUAGUCCGGUGAUCGCACCUUCGCGCUCGAAAAUGUCGUACCUUCGCAAUGUGCUUGCUUAUUGCACUAAGUUAGCGUCUAUUCCUGGCAACAAUUACGUGAGUUUUCACAUAAAUUUUGUUGUUAGUCUCUCAUUGAAAAUGGAAAUGGGACUAGAGACUAUGGCAACGGGCGUGCUAUCGAACAAACCACGCGAAGAUUCUCCACUUGAUUGUGAAUAAUUCCAAUCGCACAUUGUUGUUCAUUUCUGUUUCUUUUCGCGAAGAAAUGACGGACGAAUCGCAAGGCAAAAUAGAAAAUAGAAGUGGAAAGACCAACGAGAAGGAUCCAGUGACACUCGAUAGCAUUUGUAAGGAAGUUAUACUACGAGACGAGUUGUUUCGACGCAACUGGUCCAGAAAGUACGAACAGCUGUCGGGUGAUUUUUUUAAGAAGGUGCUAGCCGAAGAAUGCAAAAAGGAGGGAUUUCCGGCGGACACUUUCCAAUACAAACCGCCGGAUGAUGCGAUUAAGCGUUCACCGAUUCUUCUGAAACCAUCGCCGUCCAUUCCCAGAACGACAUCCGGUAUGAUUGGCUUACGAUCAUCUCAUCCACAAUACAAUCUCGAGUUUACAGGUCGCUGGUAUAUUUCGCCCAAACAAACGAUCGAACCACCCGUGGAACCUGAUGAAUUUCGUGUCAGGCAGCAAAGAUUCAUCUUUCUUGGUUAAGUAAUGGAAUAUAUUUUUUAUAGACAGGGCAUUGUACUAAAUCGUCCUGAUUAACUUACAUUUUUAUUAUAUUAACAUACAGCGGUAAAAUGGCUUAGGCGAAUAGAAAGGAAAAAGAAAGAUAAAGAGAGACAGGGAGAGGAGAAAGAUGGCAGGUCUAAAAAGAAGAGAGUAACGAAAUAAACAUGAAAUAAAAUGAAAGAAUUAGAUUAAGAUACUUAAGUAGACAAAAGAAUAGCAUAGUUAAGAUAAAUAUAAGCAUAGGACAAAGUAAAAUGUAAAUAUAUAUUACAAAAUAUUAUGUAAAUAUUAUAACAUGUAAAAUUUCGGAUAAAUGCAAUGCGAAAUGUACAAUGUAAAAACCAAAAUCAAUUUCAAGGCCAAAGAGACUGAAAUAAGUAUAUACAUACAUAUUAUA